CUGUCACAACAAUCAACCGCCUCACCCCAAACACAAAUUAGCAUUGGUGGAGAAGUCGUGACGAUAUAUCAUAUUUAUCUUAGUAUUUUCAGCUCCACAACCAUAGCAUCGGCACCGUUGACGCGGGAAGUCCUGCAAGCGCACACUAAACGAUGGGAGGAGCAGUAUCGGGACACCUGGCAUCGACGUUUGAAACGAAUGUCUGCAGAAGUAUUGCCAGGGGCUCCCGUUCAUAAACACCUGCGUCCAGCUUCCAGUUGUACCCCUCCUGCACACUGGCCGACUGCGAGACGGGAAGAGUUCUAUCGUAGUUUUGCUCCAAACCCACCACCACCACCGGGGAUGAAUUUCCAGAUCACGACAAUCCCUCUGCCUCCUAUCGAAGAGAAGAGCACUCCACCAACGUCAACGACAGACCGAUCGAGUGCCUUCACUACGGUUCGGCCGAAAGCGAUCCCCAUGCGAGAUCUACCGGCUCCGAUCGCCCUGUCCAUCCAAGACCAUCCAAGCGUCAUACACACCCCAUCCGAGCCCCUGGUCGUCCCCCGCCUCCAGUGGGCUCACGGCGCCGAGCCACUGGCUCUGAAACACCGCUCCGAGGCACUUCGCUUGCUACCCGAAAGUGCAUAG